AUGACUCCUUCCUCCACCAAUCUGUCGCGGACUGAGGCCUGGAGCCUGCUGGCUUUGGUCGGCGUGUCCGUCGCCAUUGUCGCCAACUCGUUCCACGGCGAUGGAGAACCGCUCAUGGUUUCCAUUGCUUUUAGCGUGUUUGCAUUCUCUGCUACAUACAGCCUCAUUCGAUGGCUAGGACCGAGUUUUAUGAAGGUGGGGUUGAAAGGCAAGGAUAUGGCCAAAGCCAAGCGGCCUGAAAUCCCGGAGACUAUGGGUGCAGUGUGCGCCGUGGUUUACUUGCUCGUGUUGAUUGCCUUCAUCCCAUUCCCCUUCUACAAGGAUAUCGUGGCUGCCACUUCGGGCGGCGGAAAUCGCGACGUCGUCCAGGUCGUUGAGCAUGUUGAGAUGGGCCGAUAUCUCCAUCGCUUUCCUCACAAUAAGCUGGCAUCCUACCUGUCCGGCGUCCUCUCUCUACAGGCGAUCGUCCUCCUUGGAAUCGGCGACGACCUCCUGGAUAUCAGAUGGCGGCACAAGGUUCUGAUACCGGCAUUCGGAGCAUUUCCAAUGUUGAUUGUCUACUUUGUUGAUUUCGGCGUUACCCAAGUCGUGGUUCCGAUGCCUCUGCAGCCGUAUCUAGGGGAGAUUAUCAACCUGGGCUGGCUUUACUAUGCUUACAUGGCUGCCGUCGCGAUAUUUUGCCCUAACAGCAUUAACAUGUUAGCAGGAAUCAAUGGUGUUGAGGUCUCCCAGUCGCUUGUGAUUGCCGUUCUCCUACUGAUCAAUGACUCGCUGUAUCUGUCGCCCUUCACCCCAUACCCACACCCUGCUAUGGAUUCUCAUCUUUUCUCGAUUUAUUUCUUGCUGCCAUUCAUUGGCGUGUCACUUGCUCUUCUCUUCCAUAACUGGUAUCCCUCAAAAGUAUUCGUCGGCGACACAUACUGUUACUUUGCCGGGAUGGUGUUUGUAGUCGUUGGAAUUCUGGGCCACUUUAGCAAGACUCUUCUCUUGCUAUUUAUUCCUCAGAUGUUCAACUUUCUAUACUCCUGUCCCCAGUUGUUCCACAUCAUUCCGUGCCCUAGACACCGACUCCCGAAGUUUAACGCCGUCACUGGUCUGUUGGAAAACUCUGUUACCGAAUGGGCACAUCCUCCACCAGCUCUAAUCAGCGCAAUACUCAAGAUUUUAAACCACUUGCGACUAAUCGGCAUCAAGACGAAUACAAAAGGCGAAAUCAUCGAGUCGACAAACCUGACUCUCCUCAAUCUCUGGAUUCUUUGGUUUGGCCCGAUGAAAGAGGACCGACUUGCCCUGCACAUUGUUUUACUGCAGUCAGCUUGCGGGCUCCUUGCGCUUUUUGUCCGUCACCGUAUGGCUCUUCUUGUCUUUCCAUCAGACAAUCGGAACUUUCUGUCUUCUGUGUAA